CAAAUAUGAAUACAUUAUGGCCCGGCGCGCAUGAGGAAACGCACGUUUGAAAAUAGCCGAUUGACAAAGCGUUUGUGUCACGAGAUGUGUUCUCAUUCCUAUUUAGCCUCUCAGUCUUGAAUACUACCACGAUAGAGCUCAGUCUUUGAGACAGAAUACUGCUUGGAAAUGAAUUUUUAUCAAGCCCCAAUGACCCUGGCGCGUUUAGCAAGACUCUCCGUGAGACAAGGUCUACUUUCCCGCAAUUCUGCACAACGUAUUAUCAACAGAGGACUUUUCUACACACAAAGAAAAAGACCAUCAACGCCUGAGGAGAACUUGGUUAUGGUCACUGGACUAGCGAGUGCAAUAGCUAUGAUUGGACUGUGGAUAGCUGUCUUACCCCAUCUACGCAACUUCCUCUUCCAAAAGUUUAUUUUCACGUGUUGUGUUAUAUUACGUAAAGAAAGCUUUAAAAUGUCUUUAGUUGCUUGUAGUAGAUUUUUAAGGCCUUCCAUAGCGAGGUUAAGACCUGUAUUAAGGUCAAGUCAACUUGGUAGAGUUAAAAGAUUCAGCAGUAUUCAUCAAAAAGGAGGAACAGAGGGUCAAGACAAUCUUUUCGUUAUUCUUGGUCUUGGUGUUCUCGGAGCUGCUACUGCAGUCGGUGCAUAUAGUGGUCUCUUUACACCUAAGAAACCUCAGCAAAUACACCAGAUUCAGACAACAGAAGAAACAAAUUUUGAAAAUGAAGCAGUUGUGGUUGAAAAAACAGAAGAGGUAGAAGAAGGCAAGGUACAAGAACAAACAGAUGCCCCACCAGAAGCUGAAACAUCACAAGCAACAGACGAAGAACCAUCAACACCAUCAGCACCUCCAUUACCAGAAAUUCCAGAAAAAGUAACAUAUGUCUUGAUUGGAGGAGGAACUGCUUCUUUUGCUGCUUAUAGAGCUAUUAGGAAAGGUGAUCCAAAAGCACAGGUGCUUAUUAUUGGUGAAGAAGAACAUCCUCCAUACAUGAGACCACCCUUGUCAAAAGAAUUCUGGUACGGUGAUGACGAUGUAGCUGUUGCAAACCUAAGAUUUAAACAGUGGAAUGGAAAAGAAAGGAGCAUAUUAUUUGAACCAGACUCAUUCUACUGUUCACCCCAAGAGCUUCCAACAAAAGAGGAAGGGGGUGUGGCAUUCCUUAAGAAUAAAAAGGUUGUGAGUGUCAAUCCCAAAGACAAAAAGGUUAUAUUAGAUGAUGGCAAGGAAAUUGAAUAUGGAAAACUGCUUCUUGCUACAGGUGGAUCACCCAAAAGUCUCCCAGUUUUUGAAAAUGCAACUGAAAAUAUUAAAAGCAAAGUCACAUUAUUUCGGAAGAUCACUGACUUUCAAAGCCUAGAUAAAAUCACACAAACUGCCAAAUCUAUUGUUGUAGUUGGUGGGGGAUUUUUAGGGAGUGAAUUGGCCUGUGCUCUUGGCCAUAAAGCAAAGAAAAAUCAAAUGAGUGUAACUCAGAUAUAUCCUGAAAAAGGUAACAUGGCUAAAGUACUUCCUAAAUAUCUCAGCAGUUGGACUACAAACAAAGUAAAAAAUGAGGGAGUUCAUGUUGUACCCGAGUCAAAAAUCAGCAGUGUUUCAAUGAAUGGCAGCCAAGUAGAACUUUCUCUUGAGAAUGGGUUAAAAAUAAAUGCUGAUCAUGUCAUUGUUGCGGUUGGUUUGGAUGCUAAUGUGGAUCUUGCCAAGUCAGCAGGUCUAGAGGUUGACAGAAAUCUUGGUGGAUUUCAUGUUAAUUCAGAAUUAGAAGCUCGUUCAAAUAUCUGGGUUGCGGGGGACGCUGCAUGUUUCUAUGACCCUAACCUUGGUCGUAGGAGAGUAGAACACCACGAUCAUGCUGUAGUUAGUGGAAGACUUGCUGGUGAAAACAUGACAGGUGCUGGAAAGCCUUACUGGCAUCAGUCCAUGUUCUGGAGUGAUUUAGGUCCUGAGGUUGGCUAUGAAGCUAUUGGUCUCGUUGAUUCUUCCUUACCUACUGUUGGUGUCUGGGCCAAGGCAACCAAGCAAGACACACCUAAGGCAGUUGUAGAAGCUACUGGUGAAAGUAUACGAUCAGAAACGGAGAAGACUUCAGAACAAAAACCCAAAUCAAAAUAUGUCGAAGUUAAACUUCCAAAACCAGAACCAGAAGAAAAAGAAGAGUUUGGAAAAGGAGUUGUAUUCUAUCUUCAAGAUAAAAAAGUUGUUGGUGUAGUAAUGUGGAAUGUCUUCAAUAGAAUGCCAAUCGCAAGAAAGGUAAUUAAAGAAGGUCGAACUUGGAACGACCUCAAUGAAUUAGCAAAGUUGUUCAACAUUCAUGGCAAGGACGACGAGUGAAUUAUUUCAAGAACAAAUAUAAAGAAGAUAAAAACUUUUAUCAAAAGAUGUGUUCGGUGUGGGGAGAUGUCUUGAUAAGCAAAGAAGGUGUUAAUAGUAAAGGCUUUUUCUUCGCUCUUUACUGCCAUGGGUGAUUUGCGCCAAGCAGUGAAAUGUUUAGGAACUCUCGAACAUGUACAUUUGUGAAAAACAACUGAAAUUUGAUCAAAAUAAAAUGAUUUUUAUUUAC